CCAUCUUCACCUCAAAUUUCGAUUUCAAGAUGAGGAUAAAGAAUACACUGAACCAUCUAAAUAAGUUGAUCGAUUAUAAUUCUAACUUGAACGAAGCGCAAAAGAACCGACUUCGUCAAACUCCUUUUAAAUGGGUCGUUGAUAUGACAGACCACAUAAAGGUUAGUGGACCUUUGUUAGAAGAGUUGUUGGGUAGAUGGGACUCUAUUAGUCAUGGAUUUAGAGUAGGUUGCAAGACAGUUGCAUUUGCACCGGCAGAUGUAUGUAUUGCAUUAGGAUUACAAAUCGUAGGAACAACUGUACCUGUACCUCUUAAUGAUAACAGUGAUUGUCGUGUUAAAUCAUUGUUUAAUGGAGAAGAUGUUACAAUUGAUAGUAUACUACAAAAACUUAAUGUCCUGAACACAGAACAAGACAUUGAAGAUUUUUGUAGAGUAUAUAUACUUUUUGCCUUCUUUGCAUUAUAUUUUCCUAAGAAAAGUAGAAAUGUCACUAGUGUACCAUUUAAGUUGUUGGACGACUUAAAUUUGCUUGAAACGUAUAAUUGGGGUCAAGCGGUGUAUGAAGAUUUGGUCGAAAGCAUAAACACCGCGGCUGCCAAAUACGCUCAAAGUGGAGGAGACCCGGGUAAAGAAAUAACUCUUUCGGGUUGUUCUGCCAUUUUACAGAUAUGGGUGGUUGAGAAACUACAAUUGUGUGACAUAUCAGCAAAGUGUUUUCCACGUAUUAAUAAGUGGACAACACUUCCAUAUCACGGUAACGAAAUGCAAAAUAUAUUUGCAAAUGCAAAGUUGGUUGAGGAUUUGGUUCCAACCGAAGAAGACCAACAAUUCAAUGUGUUGCUGAAGCCGUUCGACAGUCUGAAUUUAUGCAUGCAGAUGAUGUUGUCACCGGCUUUUAUGCAUGAUGAAGAUGUGUGA